CGUUUCAAGGAGCAAGACACAUCUCCAUUAAUGGAGGCGUGGAGCACCAUUCGUGGACCAUUGAUCAUCACUAAACAGUGAUUUUCCCAAUCUACCCUUGUUUUUACCGACUAAAACGACUUUUCUUUGAUUUUUCUUCUAAAUUUCUCCAUUCCUUCUUAAGAUUCUCGCUAUGUCAAGACAGCUGAUCUGAACCCUUGAAAUUCCCAUUUUGAUCAUGACCGUUAAAGUGCCUAAAGAUUCAAUCCAUGUUGCAAUCUCAAGGCUCAUUAUCUUUCAUUCUUUCCUACCCAUUUCGUUCGCUAGCCAAUGGCCACCCGCCUUCGCCGCCGUACGACCCGCCACGUCAUCUCUCCCAACUCUUGGGCCCACACUCCGUGACCAAUAGAAAGAAAGAACGAGAGAGUGAGAGAGAGAGAGCUCAGCACCAAGUUGGAUAGAUGCGAAGUCGUUAUCGGCGAGCCGGAACACUAGAACGCCGGCGAUGGCUUCAUCACCCGAGAGCUAUGCCCCAUCGCCUACUCCAUCGGCAAACCUUGGCUCGUUUCCGAUGCUUGUUCCCGUCCUCAUUCUCUUCAUCUUUGUUGUCGGUUUCUUCUCCAUUUAUCUCCUUCACAACUUGCUUUACAUCUUCCUCGCUUCACGACGCCCACGAGGAGUACCCGUCCAACGUCCACCGGUGCGUGGUCUGGACCGGGAGAUUCUGGAAACAUUCCCGACGUUCGAGUUCAAGGAGGUGAGCGCGACCGGUGCAUGCGAAGCGGAGUGUGCGGUGUGCCUGGCCGAAUUCCACGGCGGAGACGCCGUGCGAAUGCUGUCGGUGUGCUACCAUGUGUUCCAUCGGGAAUGCAUUGAUGAGUGGCUGGAGAAGCAUACUACGUGUCCCGUUUGUAGGUCGGAUCUAGAGAAGCCGCCGGUGCCGGAGACUGAGAUGGUGGUGGUGGAGACCCCCGAAAGCCACGUUGUCGUCGUCGAGGGAGAUGGUGAUGGUGAUGGUGAUGGUGUGGAGGAUCUUGGAGAACUGGGCUUGAAGGAGGAGCCCGGUGUGGUGGACCCCAAAGGUGAUGACGCCGACGGUGAUGAUGAGGAGAAUAGGUUAAGAUUAACUGUGACUGCGGAAGAGCAGAUGAGCUCUUUGUAGGCUUCGUUGCCCUUUUAAUUU